GACGGCACUGACUGGCAUCACUUCUGGGCACUGACUGGCGGCACUGACUGGCACAACCCCUGGGCACUGACUGGUGGCACUGACUGGCAGCUCAACCGGUGGGUGGCACUGGUGGGUGGCACUGGUGGACAGCACUGGUGGGUGGGCACAGGUGGGUGGCACUGGUGGGCACAGGUGGGUGGCGCUGGUGGGCACAGGUGGGUGGGCACAGGUGGGUGGCACUGCUGGGCACAUGUAGAGUGGGCACAGGUGGGGGCACUGCUGGGCACAGGUGGGGGCACUGCUGGGCACAGGUGGGGGCACCGCUGGGCACAGGUG